AUGAACAUUAAAUGGAUCAUCGCUCUCACUGUGCUGAUAAUAGUCCAGGACACUGGGAUUUCAGGGAAAGAUGUGCGAGUGAAGCUUUGUGGCCGUGAGUUUAUCAGGAUGGUUGUGACACUGUGUGGAAGUUCACGACUUAGACGCUCUGCACCUGAGAUCAGACCUGUGUCCAUCCGCCCUCACGCAAUUUGGUACAGCACUGAUCUGAUCCCCAAUCUGACUCAGAUGAAGAGCAGCAGUGAAGAUCAGACAGAGAUCAUGCUGAACUCGUCUUCAUCAUCAUCAUCAUCAUCAUCUCUCAACUUCAUAAAGUCUCAGGAAAUUUCCAGGCCCAGGCUGCGACGUGACGUUGGUCCUGCGGGUGUGUGCUGUCGAUCCGGGUGCACCAAGACAGAGCUGGUUCAAUACUGCUGAACAUUUAACACUG